UGGCAACAUGGUAUGUAUUUAUAAAGAACACAGCGUUCCGUUGUGCUGUUACAGCAGGUGCUGUCAUAAAUGGUCCAGCAGUUUCAUUACAAGGAGAGCCAGGUCUUAUUGAUCAAGAUUUAGUUGAAGCUUUACGUUGCAAGUCAUGGCCUGUAGAAGCCCAACCUUGGCUAGUAAGACAAGGUAUAGGAAUGUGGCCAACACAGAAAAUGAAGAGAUAUUGUGAGAAUACUGGAUGUUUAAUUGUUCCAGUGAGCAGUAAGAGUAGUCAGUAUGAGGAGCUUGAAUGGAGAAUAUCUACUUCCCUGGCUGAAAGGUGUCUAAUGUUCAAUUUAAAUAUUACACAAAUGAGAUGCUACAUCCUUAUGAAGAUGAUUCUUAAAACAUUCAUAACUCCCCAGUGUAAUGGUGCCCUGUCAAGUUUUAUGUGCAAGACUGUUUUAUUGCAUUGCAUACAGAGCACACAUUCAAACAAUUGGCGGCCGCCCAAUUUACUUGCGUGUUUAACUUGUUGCCUUACAGUACUGGAGAAGUUUGUUAGACAAAUAAACUGUCCACAUUUUAUAAUACCUGAAAACAAUCUAAUGGCCGGGAGAAUUUCUCCUUAUAACAAACAUAAAAUUCUAGAAAUCUUACGAAAUAUCAUACGAAGUGAAGGUAGUGUAUUGCUGGAGAUUCCCAUUGACAACAUUGGCACUAGACUGCAGGUGAAGAUGAACAUGUUUGGAGCGUUUCAGUACUACCGCACUUCAGACGAAAUCUAUGCUACAAUUUCAGGACAACUUCUUCUUACUAUAAGCGGUACUGUAAGUGCUCUUUAUGAAGAAACAAUUCUUGUAUAGGAGAGAUUUUCAGAUUUAACAUUUGAACUAGUGAACACAUACAGAGAAAUAUCUUGUAACAGUUUGGAAAAAUCUGCAUUAAAGCUUUUAAUACCUCUAUUUUAUUCCUCCCUAGGGUCUGUGGAGGCAUCUAGUGAAAUUUACGCUCACAACGUAAUAUCUCGUAAAGCACUGACAUGUUUUUCUAUCGGUUUGGAUUCCGAUGUAUCAUCUGGCAGACUGAUGCUUGCCUCAGCAAUGUAUUGUCUAGGAGAUAUGAUCAGAACCGAGUUUAUCCUGAGAAAUACUGAAGAUUUGUAUGACCUGAACAUUGUGGAACCUGUUUGUUGUUGUCAGAGUUUAAGAAGAAGAUCUCCCGUCAGACAAGGGUUUAAAGAUAAAUCAAUCACUGGCAAUGAAGAACUCGUGAGACAAACUUCAGCAUUUUGUGUUAGAUUCACAAGGUAUCAAAUAAACUGUGUGCCACAAGAACUAAAAUAUGAAAUGUUUAGGUCUACACAGGAGGAUAUUAUUGAAAGGAUUGAACUCACUGACUCCUGGAUGGACUGGGCAGUAGUAGAUUCUCUGCCUUACCUCUACUUUCUACAGUACAAAACUUAUGGCCACCUUCAGAGAGCUGCCGACCAGCAGCAGGCGCUCACAAACCUAGCCACUACGAUUGAAAAUGAGUCUAACCUUGCUCACAGGGAAACAGCGCUAAAUUUACUUGGGCAGUGUAUGGAACAGGAGAACCGACAUAAUGAUGCUCUGCGUUGCUACAUGCUAUCUCUGAAUAUUCGUGCAAGAAACAACGCCGCAAAUUUUCUUAUAUCCAGAUUACUUUAUGCAUUUGCUAACAGACAUGUCCGGUAGAAAUAGAUGCAGAAUACAGAUAAAUAGAAAGGGAGAGUCUACUGAACUGAAAUAGAUGUUGUGUGUUGGUACAUGUGCGAUCUACAAACUGUAAGUGAGUGAAAUGGGUUUUACGACGAAUCCACAUUUAGUGGCCGGAAUCAGCGUUAAGUUUUCAAUUAAAGUACACUUAAAUCUAAGAACACUUGAAUACUAAUAAAGGGCUGAGAGCAAAUGUUAAUAGAACAAUUCAACAUUUAUACAUAUAAUUAUGUAGGCUAUUAAAAUAAGGAACAAUAAUAAUAGUAAACAAGGAAAGAGAAUAUCUUUCAAGUAAAAGCAAAGUGACUACUUUAAAGGAACUCAUGAUUUAUUUAUAUUUAUGAUCCAAACAUUGAUUUGUUAGUAAUAAAGUUGUUUUGUUAGGGCGAGAAGUUCCGUAGUCUCCUUAUAAAAUGUUUGUCGGACAUUGAAAAAUAAAAGAGAAAAUCUGUAUCAAUCCUUGUUAAAUCAUGUGUAGAUUGGUGAUUUUCAGAAGCUUUACUGAAUUCAUAACUUGAUGUUUUAAAUUACUAACUUCUUGCAAAUAUUAUUCUAAACUUGUUACAGAACUUGAAAAAUUUGUUAAUACUGUUUGUAAUUUGUGUUAACCUUGUUGUAAAAAAUAGUUCAUAAUAAAAAGGUUUUCAAUAUAUUCAAAUAAAUAGUGUAUAUCCCAUA